UGUCUGUAUUUGCAAAUGUGUCUGUUCUCUGUGUCCUUUUCCUUAAAGCUGUCUGAUGCACUGGGUGAUGACACCUCCUCUGGACAGCAGUUGAAUGCUCAGGCUGGAGCACCAGCGUGGCCCGGUCAGCCUGGUCAACCUGCGUGGCCCGGUCAGCCUGGUCAACCUGCGUGGCCCGGUCAGCCCGGCCAACCAGCUUGGCCCGGUCAGCCCGGCCAACCAAAUCAACCAGCUUGGCCUGGCCAACCUUCAUGGCCCGGUCAGCCCGGCCAACCAAAUCAACCAGCGUGGCCCGGUCAGCCCGGCCAACCAAAUCAACCAGCGUGGCCCGGUCAGCCCGGCCAACCAAAUCAACCAGCGUGGCCCGGUCAGCCCGGCCAACCAAAUCAACCAGCGUGGCCCGGUCAGCCCGGCCAAACCAUUCCAUCUGCUCCUCAGCCAUUUUCCAGCGGACCUCUGACGGUGCCAUACAACAUGGCCCUGCCCAGAGGAUGUUAUGACAAAAUGCUGAUCAGCAUCUCAGGGCAGAUCCUUCCUAAUGCUAACAUGUUUGCAAUCAACCUCGGCCGAGGCAAUGAUAUCGCCCUGCAUAUUAACCCCCGAUUCAAUGAGGCGGGGAGGCAGGUCAUUGUGAGGAACAGCCUGCAGGGGGGGAACUGGGGCAAGGAAGAGAGGGAGUGUGGCUCGUUCCCCUUUGUUCGCGGAAAGCCUUUUGUGAUGAAAAUACUCUGCACCAGUAAUGAGUUCAAGGUGGCAGUGAAUAACAGUCACCUCCUGGAAUACAGGCACAGGAUCCGUGAACUCAACUCAGUAAACAACCUCAACAUCAUAAAAGACGUCACCCUCACCUCUGUCACGGUGGAAACUCUGCCCUGAAAUGCCUCUCAGUAGAUUGGCUUACUGCACCCUGUUGAUCACAAAUCAUCGUUAGUUCAUUAAGGGUCAGGUUAAUUUUGCAUGCUCAUACACUGUCUUGGCAAAACCUAAGAAAAUUGUUUUUUUAUCAGUAAAGCAUAUAAACGGAUGCUGCUUAUUAUACUGGAUUAUAAAAAUAUUCUGAUAAUUUUCAUACAAUUUACUUAAUGCCAUUUAUUACAAAGAUUAUAUCUCCUAUUUUCCAGUAAUGUCACUUUGGAGAAAAAUAAAUGUAUGCAUGCCUCUG